AUGGCUGUUCCCACACAGUUGGCUUACCGUUCCGCCAAGGGCAUCGGGAUCUUCAACGCUGCCCCAGUGUAUGAGGCUCUUCCAGGAUUCGUUCGACCCGAAGGCAACCUUCGCUGCUGCUGUUACUCGCCCGACAGCAAGUACUUCGCAUGGGCAACACCUGAACAGGUUUCGGUGAUUGACGCCUCAGUCGGCCACGUCAUUACUACACUCCCUACACCGAACGUCUACGAGCUCGGCUUCUCCCCACUCGGUACAUACCUUAUUACAUGGCAGCGCCCGUCCAAGGAUGAAGACGGAAACGCAGUGAAGAACCUCAGGGUUUGGAAGACGCUUUCCGACGAAGCUGAAGAUGAUGGAUCGCGGGCAGUCAUCGGCGAAUAUGUCCAGAAGAACCAGAGUGGAUGGAACCUGCAGUAUACCUCCGACGAGAAGUAUUGCGCGCGCGUUGUAACAAACGAGGUGCAAUUCUUCCAGUCGAGCGAUUUGCGCAACCCUUGGAACAAACUCCGUGUGGAAGGAGUGACCGACAUGAUGCUCGCUCCAGGCAAGAACCAUUCAGUUGCCGUUUUUGUACCGGAGCGUAAGGGCAUGCCCGCUGCUGUCAAGGUCUUCCAAGUACCUCAAUUUAGCCAGCCGGUAUCCCAGAAGACUUUCUUCAAGGGCGACAAGGUCCAACUCAAGUGGAACGAUCUCGGCACCAGCUUGAUUGUCCUGGCACAGACCGAGGUUGACAAGUCGAACAAGAGUUACUACGGUGAGACCAACAUGUACAUCCUCAGCGCCAAUGGCACCUUCGAUUCGCGCAUCCAGCUAGACAAGGAGGGCCCUAUUCACGACGUAUCCUGGUCGCCAAACUCGAAGGAGUUUGGUGUCACCUAUGGCUACAUGCCUGCGAAGACUACUAUCUUCAACCAGCGCGCAGUUGCACAACACAGCUUUGACCUAGGCCCACGCAACACUAUUCUUUUCAGUCCACACGGUCGUUUCGUCAUCGUUGCCGGUUUUGGUAAUCUGGCUGGAGAUAUGGACAUCUACGAUCUUGAGAAGAAUUUCGCCAAGGUCUGCCACGUUAAGACCUCCAACUCGACCUAUUGCGAGUGGAGCCCAGACGGGCAGCAUAUUCUUACUGCAACCACUAGUCCGCGUCUUCGCGUUGACAACGGUAUCCGCAUCUACCACGUCAGUGGUGGUCUCAUGUACAACGAGGACAUGGCCGAACUCUAUCACGUCGUUUGGCGCCCUCAACCAACCUCGAUGUACCCACUAACUGACCCCUUGACUACUAUACCGACGCCGCAUCCAUCCGCAGUAGCCUAUCUGAGUACCCAAAAGACGCCAUCGAAGCCUGCAGGUGCUUACCGCCCUCCCGGAGCGCGUGGAACCGCCACUCCUUUGCACUUCAAACGUGAAGAUGAAGGAGGCGCAGCCUAUGCCAACACUGGUAUCUCGUCGACAAACGUCGGCUUCGCCAACGGAUUCGGCAAGCCGCGCCGGCGUGAGGUGCCCGGAGCGGAGGCUGUUGAUACUCUUCCACCUGGUGCUGCCCCUGGCGGUGGUGUCAGCCUUACUGGCGCUCAGGAUGGCGAUGGAGAGCUCUCCAAGGCAGCCUUGAAGAACAAGAAGAAGCGGGAGGCCAAGAAGGCCCGUGAAGCCGCUGACAAGGCUGCUGGGCUCGGUGCCGAUGGUAUCAACCCAUCUAACGGAGCUGGACGUAGCCCGGAACGUCGCCAGCGUAGCCGCAGCAAGGGCGGAUAUGAGCAACAGGGGCGAAGCGCUAGCCAGCACCGCAAUUUCGGCAACAGCCCCAACCGUCAGGCCCGCCAGGACGGAAGCCAGCGCCAAAACCCCGCGCAGCAGCGUCAGCAAGCUCCAGCACAGGCUCCUCAUCCAAUUCAGACAGAGAGUCAGGGUCCUCCUCCCGACCUUACCGUCACCAGCCCAGGUGACGGCAACCCUCAAGACAAGAAGAUCAGGGGUUUGCUGAAGAAGAUGCGCGCCAUUGACGAGCUGAAGAUGCGUCAGGCUGGUGGAGAGAAGCUAGAGGACACUCAGGUCAAGAAGAUCAGCACCGAGAAGCAGAUCAAGAAGGAACUAGAUGCCUUGGGCUACAGCGGUUAG